CAUUGAUACGGAGCUUCCGCGCUGAAUUCGUUGCGCGAAAUAAAUCAAGUGAACUAACUUCUGCGUGAUCAUUAAAAUCGUUGAUUAAGUCACCGCACCCUGAGAUCGCCUGUCCAGCAGUAACGUUUUCCAAAGGUAGAAACGAGCGACCGAGCGGAUGUCGAAGUAUCGCGUCGUAACGGUGGUAAAACCACCGUUCGUCAUGUACGAUGCGGUGAAAAAAGAGUGGAGUGGCUAUUGCAUAGAUUUGUUGGAAUACAUAAGCAAAAUGUCUGACUUCGAGUACGAAAUAAUGGCGACACCGGAUGGGAAAUACGGGACGAUGAACGACGAGGGGGAUUGGAACGGUAUGAUAAAAGAAUUGAAAGACGGGAGGGCUGACAUCGGGCUCGGAGCUCUCUCGGUGUCGUCGGAGAGAAACCUCGCGGUGGAUUUCACCGUGCCUUUCUACGAAAUGGUUGGCACGACAAUACUGAUGAGAAAAGAAGAAAAGGAGACGUCACUUUUCCAAUUCCUCGAGGUCCUCGAUUACAACGUAUGGCUAUGCAUACUCGGAUGUUAUCUGGUGACGACUCUUUUCUUAUGGCUUUUCGAUCGUUUCUCACCGUUCAGUUAUCAAAAUAAUCCUGACAAAAUAUACGAAGACGACGACAAGCGUGUAUUCGGUCUGCGGGAGUCUCUUUGGUUUACGUUGACCUCGAUAACGCCCCAAGGCGGUGGCGAAGCGCCGAAAAAUCUUUCCGGACGUCUUACCGCUGCAACCUGGUGGCUCUUCGGAUUCAUCGUCUUGGCAUCCUACACCGCUAAUCUUGCCGCUUUUCUUACCGUUUCGCGUCUCGAACAACCCAUGGAAUCACUCGAUGACUUAUACCAUCAGUACAAAUACAAGUUUGGAGUUAUCAGAGACUCCGAAUCUCACCAGUACCUCCAAAGAAUGACUCACAUCGAACAGCGCUUUUACGAAGUUUGGAAAGAUUUGAGUCUAAACGACAGCCUUCCGGAAUUGGAACAGGCUCGACUCGCCGUAUGGGAUUAUCCGAUAGACGACAAAUAUACGAAUAUACUCCGAGUAAUAGAAGAAUCGAAAAGCGGUAUAGUUGAUAGCCUGAAGGAGGCUUUCGACCUCGUCAAUGGCACCAAAUAUGCGCUAAUCGGUGAUGGAUCCGACAUAAAAUACAUAGUCUAUACUCAUUGCGAAUUUACGACAGUUGGCGAAGAGUUUUCCAAAAAACCGUAUGCUCUUGCCAUACCGAAAUCAUCUCCUCUGAAGACCAAAUUGGACAUGGCUAUCACCAAAAUGGCUGAGGACGGCACAUUGGAAAAGUUGAAGAAUGCAUGGUGGAGCUACAAGAUCGACAGACCGAGGUGUCCGAGGGAGUACAAGAUAAGCGACGGAAUCACCAUCGAAAAUAUUGGUGGUGUGUUCAUCAUCUUGUUCUCUGGGAUAAUCGUGGGUGUAUGCACGUUGAUAUACGAAUACUGGUACUUCCGUUGUUGGCUACCGCAAACCCAUUGCAGACGUACUUUUAAAGAGAAAAAAGAGAAACGAGGAAAGUGGGUAAAAAAAUCGAAAAAAGUCAAUGUUAACCAAGCGAGAAGAAUUGCCUUUGAAGAGUCAGGAGAGUUGAAAAAGAAGUUUUAAUCAAAAUUUCACCAGGGAUAUUGCAACCCCUAUUUAUGCAAACCAGUUUCUAGUCUGAUAAUCACCUGACAGCCGUAUUACUCGUGUGUUAUUUUUCUUCUCCAAUCUUACGAAUUUUCUGUCAACUCAGCAUCGAUCAAAUGUUCAAAAAAUUAAUCUAAAAAUAAUCUUCUCCGAUCACCACUCCGAUUGUGAUAUUUUUGUAUUGAACAGUGUUUAUUGAUCACUAGUGAAAAAACGUAAAAUCGUCCUUUAACUUGAGAACGACCGUCGUUGGGAUCGGUCUCAACGGCCCUAAUCAGAGCAAAGAAAAUCUCUAGAACGAGCCUGACUUUUCAGAACUCGAAUUAUUGAAGAUCGCAAUUUUUUUUAUCACAAGGUCCAAAAAUCUUACAAUUAUAAAUAUCCACAUAAAUGUUGAUGCAAUAAAAAAUAAACUGAAUGAAAUGAAAAGUAAUGAAUCGAGUGG